AUGUCGACAGAACCAAAUUCUAGAGCAUGCGAACAACAUCACCACCUUCACCCUAACGUUAUCCAUGACUCCUCAGCAGAUUCCGCAGGCAUUAUUGCUUCGGAAUUAGCUGCCGAGGAUGGAAGUCUACUCAACAACAAUAUUUUAAAAUCUCACAGCUAUGGUGCGAUAGAAGGUGAGACUCCUGAUUCAUACGAAAUAGACGACCCUCAUGGAGGAUAUGCCUUACCUAAAAGACAGUUGAUUACGGUGGUGUCUAGUUUGUUCAUGGCCUCAUUUUUGGCCGCAUUGGAUGUAACGGUUGUAACUACAUUGUUGACAAUCAUUGCUUCUGAAUUGAAGGCUGUCAAAAAUAUAUCAUGGAUUGCCACAUCUUAUUUAUUAUCUUCGUCCGCCUUUCAACCAAUUUUUGGAAAGUUGUCUGAUAUCUUUGGUCGUAAAUUUAUUUUGAUUGGGUGUUCGCUUAUGUUUGGUAUAGGAUGCACCAUCUGUGUCACCGACUCGCUUUGGUGGUUAGUAAUUGGUCGAUUUAUAACCGGAUGGGGUGGUUCAGGACUUACUGCAGUGGGAACUAUUACCAUGUCGGAUCUCAUCCCGUUAAGAGACCGUGGGUUAUACCAAGGGUUGGCAAACAUCUGCUACGCACUAGGUGCUGCAUCUGGCGGAUUUAUCGGCGGUAUCGUUGCUGACACAUUGGGAUGGAAAUACGUUUUUAUCUUACAAGUGCCCCUUGCCAUUAUAGUUGGCAUUGCUAUCUAUCUUAAUUUAAAUUUACCUGCUGGAUCGCCGGGGUUGGGUGCCCAUGGCCAAGAUAUUUGGCAAAAGUUGAAACGAGUUGAUUUCUUGGGGAGUUUCUGCUUGAUUAGCUCGUUGAUGUUGUUUUUAACUGCCGCUUCGUUAGGAGGAAGGGAUAUUGCUUUUUCAUCAAACUUGUUUAUCUCAUUAGUGGCGGCCAGUUUUGUCUUGCUUUUUGCUUUUCUAUAUGUGGAGGCCUAUGUGAGCGAGGAACCGAUCAUUCCCAUCGAGUUGCUAGCAAAUAGAACAGUCUUGGCUUCAUCUUUGACCAAUUGGUUCUACACAAUGGGAAUAUUUGCAAUUUUGUUUUACGUUCCAGUAUAUUUUACAUCAGUGCUUUACUUAUCAGCCACUGAAAAUGGGUUACGGUUGGUACCUAAUUUUUUCGGUGUAUCAUUGGGCUCUCUUUCUGCUGGGUAUUACAUGAAACGCACUGGGCGUUAUUACAACUUAGCAGUAGCUGCUGGAAUAUUGGCCAUAUUUGGCUCCUAUAGAGUCACUCUUCUUGAUACUCAAACUUCCACAUGGCAACAGUAUUUAAUGUUGAUUCCACAAGGUUUGGGAUACUCUUGUAUCUUGACAAUUACAUUACUUGCUUUGAUUGCUGCAACUCCAAUGAAAUACCAAGCCUGUACAACCUCGAUCCAAUACACUUUUAGGUCAACAGGGUCCACUUUGGGGGUGUCAGCAGCUUCAGCUAUAUUUGAAACAGUUCUUGGGCUGAGUUUGCAAAGGAGAAUUAUGAAUUUGGUCAAGGAUCCAGAAGAAGCUAGGAAUAUCAUAGCAAAAGCAUUGGAGGAUACCAACUACGUUCACGAAGCGCCAAAGUACGUGAGAGAAGCAAUCAGGACUUCCUACGAUGAAGGAUGCAGAGGGGCAUUUUAUUUUGCAUCGGUAGCAGUGGUUAUUGGCGUUAUUUCGUCCUUGUUUAUGAGAGAACACAAAUUACAUACAAGUCUUAAUAGAGAUUGA